AUGAAACCAUUGGAUCCUUCACAAAAAAAACAAAAUUAUACUUAUGAAAAUUUCACGCAAUGGAAUCGAUCAUUAUGCAGUAUUCAAUCAGAUCGUCAUGGACCAAAUCAAAAAGUAAUUAGUAUUUCAAUUUAUGGAUCAACAUCAAAUUAUACUGAUAAUGCAAUGUUUGCAUGGGAAACAUCUAUAUUUCCAUUUCUAAUACCACUUGCUAAUGAAGUUAAAUUACUUCUUCCAUCAUGGAUUAUUCGUCUCUAUGUUGAUUUUACUGGUAGUACUAAAUCUCAACAAAAUUUUCUUUAUAAUUUUUCAAAUAUUGAUAUAUGUGAUAUACACAAUAUACCUAUGUUUGGUUCAUCAUUAGUUUCAUAUUUACCAGGAAAGAUGUGGCGUUUUUUACCAAUAUUUGAUCCAUUUGUUGAUUAUUUUCUUUCACGUGACCUUGAUUCACCUAUUAUGAAACGUGAAACUGAAACUAUUGAUAUGUGGUUAUCUGAUAAACAGAGAAAGAAUUUCUUUUAUAUUGCACGUGACCAUAAGUAUCAUAGAUUACCUAUAGUAGGUGGACUUUGGGGUGCAUCUCCUGGACGUGCUCGGCGUUAUUUAUUUCAUAUUUUUCAACCGAUGCUUGUACCAUCAAUUGCUCAACAAUAUAAAGGUG